AUGUUCGCUUGUAUUCUCUUAAACUGUCGACGAUCUUUCCCUUAUAUUCUCCUCUUUAUUCUCCUCCGUCGUGUCGUGCGGCCAGUUGAUCUUCUUGGGCCACUUGAACCGGAAGCUGGUCAGCAGGAGGUUUUGUUGUCUAGUCCUGGCUCCUCGACCCGCUCACCCAUCAAAGAUACGGAUGCAGAGGGUCGCACCACAGUCAGGGGCACAGUCAACGAUGGCAGCUCGGAAACUAACGGUCACGUUGGACAGCCAACCCAGGCUGGAGCAGAACAAAUGCAGCCAGGUGGACCGGGUACUUACCGUGGUGCUGCAUGUCUACAGUGCGGCCAGCCAGUCGUUGGGAAGGUGAGUAAGCAAAAGACAAAUAGCAGGUUUUAUUUGGUACAAACGCAAUGUGAUGCGAUGUAG